UUUGGGGAGUAUACUUAGGGAUAAAGAUGAAGGACUUUAGAUGUGUCUCAGAUGCGCCCCUGCUAUACAAAUUCAGAAGAGACAGCAAUGAAAAAUCUGAUGAUUCAGACAGCGAUGAAGUUCAACAAGAACAACUUCAUAAAACAUUGGAGGAAUUUCAUAAAAACUUAGAACAUUUUGAACAAUCGUCAGUUGAAACUUGUGACAAUAGAAAUUAUGUUCGUAACACUAUUCGCCGUGUAUUUUCUGAUACAGCUGCAAUGGAAACUAAAAGACAAACCCCCAUGCAGGCAAUAGACCUUGUGAAGCCCUACAGGACUAAACCAGUGAAGAAAACAACUCUGAAAAGAAUGGAGAGCUGUCCAGCUCAUAUGACAACCAUUGGGCAUGCUACAGGGAAACGUGUGUCAUUGUUCAAAUCCCAAUAUUUAAAUGGUUUACAUCAGAGUGAUUCCAUGACAACCCCAAAGGGAAAUCUUACCAAUAUUAACGGAACUUAUGACAAUCUGGAGUGUCCCUCUUGUAACCAACCAUUGUGUACAUCAUGCAGUGAAGAAGUUCAACAAUCAGAAGGUGUCAAGGAACAAGCAUAUGGAUGUAUUAGAAGACAGAACAGUACUAGUCUUAUUGAAAUGUUUAACAAACAUGGUGAUAAAGGAGUUGGAUCAGGCAGCAACAACAAUAGUCAAAAAGACAUUAAAGAAGACAUUAUUGACUUAACCAAUAUGGACUUAAUCAAAAGGGUUGCUAGCAAAAUGGAACAAAAUGGGACACAUAAAAAUGGAAUGAUGAAUGGUAAACAUUCCUUACAUGAAAUCCAAAAGUCAAGACUUAGGGAAACAAGAGAACUUAAGAAAAUAUUUCCUACAAUUGAUAAUGUUAAAUUGUUCACAUAUGGAAAACAUGACAAGGGAGUUGCUAGAAAAAUUAGGAUGGAUUCUUUUGCUUUACGUAAUGGUUC